UGUUCUAUUGUUUCAGUGCCUGCUGUGUAUAAGUUACCUCGUCUUUUAAAUUUGGACGUAACGUUAACUAGUCAGUGCCAGGGAGCUAGCAAUAGUUGGCUAACAUUAAGUUAACGUUAGACCCUUUAAAUUUAACCAAGGGCAGAGUCAUGGUGGUGAAGAAGAAGACCGCCAAAGUGGAGGCUGUGGUGUUGGAUGAGGAGAAACUGCAUAAGCUGAUAGUGUCCCUCUCUGUGGAUGGAGGAGAGGAUGGAGUCAGGCAGAUUGCCCAGACCCUGCAGUCCUGUUUGGAGCUGACGGAGCCAGUACAGCAGAUCCAGCUGGUUAAAAAGGCAGGGUCCCACCUGGAGGCACUGAGCGAAGAACAGCCUGAUGGAGCUCUUCUAGAGGCCUGUCUACACACCCUGUCUCUGGUCUACAUUUCCCUGCAGGCCAAGAACCCCCUGCGAAGAGCCAUUGCCAGUGCCUUAGGCUCAGUACCAGCCUGGCUACAGGAGCGUACUGAAAGCAGUUUGUCUGCCUGCUUGUCUGACUGUCUGUCCAACCCAACUUCAGAGCAGUAUCCACACAUCAUAGACACCUUCAGCACCUGUCUGGAUGGCUUCGCCCUCGGUGAGCGAUGCAUCAAUAAACUGCUACCUGAAGUGUUGCACUUCCUUCACAAUGGACUGAGUGAAUACCUUCAGCAGAACAGUGGUCUAGCAGGACGUCACAUUGCCCAGGCCCAGCUGAUGCAGUCCUGUCUGGCUGCUGUUAAAACCUCCAUGCUGGUGAUCCAGAGAUCCCAGGAGACCAUCAGCACUGCCCUGCAGGCUACAGAGGAUCCCUGCAAGCUGGAGGACACACUGAGCAGCCUGUUAGGCUGCUACAUACACAUCCUUACUGAUGAGGAGUUCAUCCAGUCGGUCCAGAGUACAGCCGGCAUGGCUGUAGUGUUAUUGACCAGGUCUGUCAUGGGCUGUGGAGAUGAAGUUGCUUCUGUGGUGUGCAGCUUGCUGCGUAGCUCAGCGCAGGGUUUGGACUCAGCCCCUCAGUGGCUACAGCAGAGGUGUGAGCAUCUGUGUACCAGUGGUCGUCUGCCAGGUGUCUCUCUGUAUCUGUGUCACGGGGCUCUGGCCAUGUUGAGCUGGAAGGGCGCUCUUCCAGGGCCACAGUGGGAACAGCUGCUGCUGUUGGUCCCAGAGACGCUGCUGGAUCUAGAUGUCAGUAUAAAGGAGUCCAGCACUGCCAUGGUGGUGGCUCGGGUGCUGACCCUGUGGAGCAGUGCUGCUCUGGACUGCCUGCAGGGGGAGAGGCAGCCAUGCCCUCCCUGCCUCCAGCAGUCCCUCAGCGGAGGCUCGGAGCUACAGCAACACCUGCUGGAGCACAUCUACUCCCACUGGGAGCACCCACUGGACGGAGUCCGCCACCAAACCCGCUCCCUGUUCCGAAAUCUUCUCCUCUUACAUCAGAACACCAACCCCUCUACCUCUGAUCCAACCAAGGACUAUUACAUCACAGAACUCACCCAAAGCCUGCUGGGACUGGAGUGGCAUAUGAGGGGGAAGUAUGGCUCCUUGGGCUGCCUCGUGGAGCUCUAUGGGGCAGGGUACCUGCUUGAGCUCCAGCCCCAGCUGCCUUCAUGUCUUCUGGGCCUGAUGGGUGACCAGACCCUGGCUCCUUACGCCAGCGACCUCCUGGAGAGGCUGUUUGUCAGCCACAAGGCACAGCUGGCCAGUGAGUCUGGUGUAGCAGACAAAACUGACACACAGAACUGGAUGGAGUGUUGGCACCAGACAUGGGUAACCCCCUUGCUACAGGUGCUGUGCCGUGCCAGGCUGGACCAGACUACGUACAUCCUGGACUAUUUCCUGCCCAAGCUUCUACGCUGCAGCCCCUCCAGUCUGGCACACAUGGUGCAGGCCUUGCAGGACACAAUGCCGUGCAGCACUGGUCCGUCAGGCAGUAGGGGUGCACUGGGAGCUCUCAUGACUUGCCUGCGGGCAGCCAGGGCCCAGGGUGUUGUUCCGUCCUCAGAGGGGGGUCUGUGGGGAGGGCUGGUGCCCCUUGUCCUACUCCAACAAGCACUGCUACACAAGCAUGAUCAAGUGAGGAUGGACGCUUUGGGCUUAGUGUGUGAGAGUCACCGCAGCACUGAAGUUCUGACCUCACAGGAAAUGGACCUGCUCCGCCACUUCCUGCUGCCUAAUCUCAACAGCCAGUCCCCGGGCGUCAGACAGCAGACAGUCAGCCUGCUGAAGAAGGUGCUUUGUAGAGUGAAGGAUAGCGCUCUGCUGCUGCAGAAGAGACUAAACCAGGAGAGAGACCAGGAGCAGAGAGACAGAGACCAACACACGCUACAUCUAUACAAGGAGUUCCUGCGCUGGCUGUGUGUGAGGCUGCUGGAGGUUUUGCUUCCUGGAGCUUCCUUCUCUAAAUGCCUUAUGUCCCUCCAUCUGUUGUGUCUCCUGGGCCAGCUCUUCACCUUCAGCACAGGGCCUGAUGCGUUUGCCCUCGGCGAAGUUGUGACCUCUGCCCAUGCUCAGAACGUCCUCUACUGUGUUGCCAGCAACUUCCUGGAAGUCAAACUUCAGGCCUCGACGUUACUACGGCAACUCCCACCAUCAGCUGUGGGACUGCAGGUGCCGGAGAGGAUGUGCUGUGUGCUUCAGGCUGCUCUGGACCUCAGUACCAGCACCAAGCCUUUUGACAGCGUUACAGCAGCCCACCUCCUCAACCUGCUGCUCCAGCAGCCGGGCCUGAGCCAGGCUCUGCUGCACUGUGCGCAGGAGCAGGGCCUCGAUUUCCAGCCUCCCUCCCCACCGCCCCAGGCUUCUGAGACUGUCAUCUUGGAGCUCAACACACUGGCUGUGGUUCAGCUCUUGCUGCACUGUCUACUGUUAGAGGUGUCGAGGGCAGAGUCAUCUCUCUUGCAGGCAGCUGCUUCCUGUCCUCUCUAUGGCAGAGCCCACUGCAUCACCGCUGUCCUGCAGCAUCUAAACACUGAGUGA